GAAAAAAAAGGAAAAGUCGACACGGGAAGCAGGAAGUUCCUCAACGGAGACGCAGAGACUUGGGACAUAAACAUUACACAGCAAAGCAGAGUCAAACUAUUCAGGGACAUUUUUCACGCUUUUGUGGCGAUGGCCGGCAUUAAAGCACUUGUUGGUUUGUCAUUUAGCGGUGCCAUUGGACUGACGUUUCUUCUUCUGGGCUGUGCACUGGAACAAUACGGGGUUUACUGGCCACUGUUUGUCCUCAUCUUCUACGUUUUGAGCCCCAUCCCGACCUUCAUAUCUAGACGCCUCAGCGACGACACCGAUUCCUCCAGCAACGCCUGCCGAGAGCUGGCCUACUUCCUAACGACGGGCAUCGUGGUGUCGUCUUUUGGCCUCCCCAUUGUGCUGGCCCGAAACACAACGAUCGCGUGGGGGGCCUGUGGUUUGGUGAUGACGGGAAACGCCGUGAUCUUCCUCACCAUCCUCGGCUUCUUCGUUGUGUUUGGAGGGGGGGAUGACUUCAGCUGGGAGCAGUGGUAGAGCGCUGACGGG